AUGGCCUUCACGAUCAACACUCAGCCCAACGAGAAGCUGCUAGGCGGCAACGGUCAGGAAGUCCUUGCAUGGGACCAGGCAAUCAAGUCCCUCGGCGCAGGAGGCACAGAGGGCUACGCGGACGGCCAGGUCAUCUGGCAAGCCCCAAGCGGCAAGUGCUUCGGCAUCCAGAUUCACAUCCCUCUCCAGAUAUUGGACAUUGGGACGUCCCCCUACUAUCAGGUCAAGACCGUGAUGAAUGGCGACUGGGAUGGUGAACACAGAUCCGAUCCUUACACCUUUGACAAGGAUAUUGGUUUCGACAUUGUCGUCAAGGCGGUGGCUGAUCAUGCGACUAUGCACGUCACGGCUACAAUCAACGAUCUCUCCAGCUAG